AUGUUCAUCUCUGUAGUUCUGGUUCUGUGUUGUAUUUCUUUGAUCGAGUCAAGACUAUGUGACAGAUCAAAAGAGAAAACAAUGAUAUAUGAAUUGCGUUCAUUACUCAACUCUUUAGAAAGCAAGAUAAACGACAAUUCUUGUGAGUGCAGUGCUAGUGAAAUCAAAUGUCCAAAUGGUUGGAAGAAAUACAAAGAGCACUGUUACUUUUUUUCACCUGAUAGUAAAACAUGGCGUAAUGCUGCAAAUCUAUGUAAAAGUAUGAGAGGCUACCUUGUGAAGAUUACUGAUUCAGCAGAGAACGCGUGGGUUCUUGACAUACUCAUGAAAUCGACCAAGCACCGCCAUGGCUCUUGGAUUGGAGCAUCAGAUUUGAAGAAAGAAGGAGACUGGAGAUGGGUUAACGACUCUACUAAGGUUCGUUAUUCUCAGUGGCAUCCAGGCCAACCGAGCAAUUAUGGAAAUCGUGAAGACUGUGGCCAUUUUGCGUCGGGUUAUGGGUAUGAAUGGAAUGAUGCUCCAUGCAACAUAGAUGGAAUGGGGUAUAUCUGUGAGAGCUCACAUGUAAGUUAG